AAAGAGGAGCAGCUGACUAGCUGAGCAAACGAACUCGAGCCUCGCUCAUGGCUGACCAUUGACCAUUGACCAUCAUCAAGCGCAGAGAAGAGACGGAGAAGACACGCCCACAAAGCCGGCACUCUCCUUCUCCGUGAGUUUCGACGAACUACGGGGAAAAAGACAGGGAUUUUAAGCAGAGGAGUGCGGAAUUGGAAUGGCCAUCGCGACAAGGACGAGAUGGGCCACAAUUACGAUGGCGUGGAUUUUGGUCUUGUUCGGAACCCUAGCUCUCAUUCAGAACCGAUUGAGCGAUGCUGGAGCUUCAUCUGAUCCGAAACUUGUUCAUCGCAAAGUUGGUGUGGAUAAGAAGAAGCCAGGCGAUUUGGAAGAACUGACUCACAAGGUUUAUUUCGAUGUUGAGAUUGGAGGAAAACCAGUGGGUCGUAUUGUCAUGGGACUCUUUGGCAAAACUGUCCCCAAAACAGUUGAAAACUUUCGAGCUCUUUGCACGGGGGAGAAAGGGAAUGGAAAGAGUGGGAAGCCCCUGUAUUACAAAGGGAGCCAAUUCCACAGGAUCAUUCCUAGCUUUAUGAUUCAGGGCGGUGACUUCACUAGUGGAGAUGGGAGAGGAGGAGAGUCGAUCUACGGGAACAAAUUUUCUGAUGAAAACUUCAAACUGAAGCAUACAGAUGCAGGGCGCCUUUCGAUGGCAAAUGCUGGGCCAGACAUGAAUGGGUCACAAUUUUUCAUUACCACUGUGGCAACUACCUGGUUGGAUGGCCGCCAUGUUGUGUUUGGGAAGGUGCUGUCUGGAAUGGAUGUUGUCCACAAGAUUGAGGCUGAAGGGAGACAGAGCGGCAAACCCAAAAGUAUUGUUGUCAUUUCAGACAGCGGAGAAUUAGCUCUAUGAGCACUUCGCUCGAGAUUGCACUUGACAAGUUUGACCUCAUAGCUUAUUCAACACGAAUGUAGGGCUCAGGCAUCAUGCCCUGUUUUGAUGCAUAAGAAGUUUUUUUAUGGUGAAGAAAGCGCGAGGCAAGCUCGUCGAUUGGACAUUGGGACAUACUUGAAAGAGCUUGGAUAGAUCAUAGAGGCCAUGAAUAGAGAGAACUGCUCUGAGUCUGAAUUUUUGUUCUUA